GCAGUGCCGUACAGUGGUCUGAUCUAAUCGGUGGGCCGCGAGCCUGGCCAUGAACGUUGUCACGUGAGCUGUUAUUCCCUUGGUGAGUCAAGUCCUCUCGAAAGCCCCAAGUGUCUCUCUUUACUGCUUGAGAACCCAUGCUAUCGUCUCAGGUAACAAUCCUUAUUCAGGAACAGAAAUAGUUUGUGCUGGUGUUCCCCACGUGGCAGCAAACCAGGUAGAGAGGUCGGUGCCGUGGUCGGAAUUGUGCCAGCUGCAGGACUAGCGCCAUUCCCCUCUUUCGCUCCCGAUUGAUAAUCUGGGUUCCUCGUUUUAUCUUUUCCUGUCCUUCCAAACUGCGUUCGAAUUACUCCCGCCACCACUGGAUUUUCUUUCCACUGUUACAGUCAAUAUGUCGCCCUCGAUCUUCAUGGACACCUCAGAUGACUUUGUCAUGCCUACCGCAAAGGCCCCUCAAUCCUCCCCGCGGACCCUCCUUCUCUCGCCACCAUCUUUGUCAUCCCACCAAGAGAAAUUAACCAAUGUGUUGGAAAUGCACAACCGAGCAGUCACAGAUAUGCAAAUGCUAGACAGACUGGCCGUCGGACUUGUGUCGCUCCCAGAAUCAACAUACGACAUCGUUACAGUCCUCUCCGAUGCCGAUGGUUCCCGCCGCGAAUCACAAGCCCUACUAAAUCGCGAUGUGCUGGCAGUAUUGGUGAAAGCACUCAAGAGUGGGGGUCAGGUACGGAGCCAAGAUGGGCAAUACGGCAGUGUGGAAGGUGCAGAGAGAAAUGAGGCAAUCCUUGCUGGACUCUCUUUCCAGCCAGGCGUAGGAUUUGUCAAGCCAGACUACGGCGCGCAAGAGUCGAUCCCUCUGAAGUUUGGCAAGAAGAAUGCGGCUCGGGCUGCUGGCGGACUGAGCACUAAUGGCAAUUCUGUUUCACUGCCGCUCAAUGGAAAGCGAAAGGGUGUGGAUGAUGUUCCUGCGGGUGUAGGGUUUGAUGACGGAGCGGACGAGUCUGACGACGAAUUGAUUGACGAAGACACAUUGCUGGACGAGGACGAUCUCAAAAGACCAAUAAAGAUUCCGACCGAGUGCAAACCAAAGGCAAAGAGACGACGAGCGUGCAAAGAUUGUACUUGUGGACUGGCGCAAAAGCUGGAGGCAGAGGAUCGAGCUAGGCGAGACAACGCCGAUCAGGCCUUGAACACGAUGAAGUUGCAGGCAGAUGAUCUUGCCGAAGUCGAUUUUACAGUCCAGGGCAAGGUCGGGAGUUGUGGCAACUGCAGUUUAGGAGAUGCUUUCCGAUGCGAUGGAUGUCCUUACAUUGGCCUCCCGGCUUUCAAGCCUGGCGAGGAAGUUCGCCUCUUGAGCAACGACAUCCAAUUGUAGACCAGACACUUUUCAAUGCAUGGCGAUGGCGUUUGGGGGUUAAUUGACUGGGAAGACCUUGCAUCGACGAUGAUGCCAGUGUUCAGGACAGGCAGGCUAAAUUUGGGAUUAUGACUGGAAAUGGGUAAGAGUAUCUUGACCUGGAAUAUAUAUUUCAAAUAGACCUCUGGAGUACUGGAGGACACAAGACAGGAGAAGAGGUGCUGUCUUGCAUGGGGUUUAUACUAUUUACUAUAGAGCCUUCGUGAGCCUACAAUGGCCUACAGCACAGAUUACUACGAGUACGUACCAGUUACCUUAUGUGAGAGCAAGGAGUCGACGAAUAGCAGUGGCUCCAGAUAAGCUGCCAGAGAAAUGUUUUAAUGUUUCAAAA